AUGUUUGACUCGGCAUAUUCAUAUCCUCAAUCUUCUUCUUCUCAAUCAACACCAUCUUCAUCAUCUUCAUCUUCAUCAUCAACAACAACAGCAACAACAACAACAACAACAACAACAACUCUUCAACAAGCUGUAGAAUUUAAAAACCCUCCUCCAAACUCUUCCUCAUCUAAAUCAUCUAAAUCAUCUAAUUCAUCUAAUUCAUCUAAUUCAUCUAAUUCAUCUAAUUCAUCUUCUUCUACAGAAAAUCAACAACCUUCUUCAGAUUACUCUCCAAACUCAAAUUAUUUUGCCGCUGCCGCUGCCGCUGCCGCUGCUGCUGCUACCGCUGCUGCUGCUGCUGCCGCUUCAGUCUCCUCAUCAACCCCUACAAGAGGACCUUCGUCAUCCGCACUUUCUCAUUUAACUUCAACACCAACUGAAGCUUCUACCUCAUCUCUUACAACAACCCCUCUUACUAUCACUACAGCUGCAACAACUCCACCAACAAUUGGAGCUUCUAUAACUGGCUCUUCUGCUCCUUCAUCUCUUCACCAUCACCAUCAUAAUAAUCAUCAUCAUCCUCACCAUCUUCUUCACCCAAUGUCAACAUCUUCUUCUGCAUCUUCCUCAUCUUCUGCAUCUACAACUUCAGUCCCACCAAUAACUAACUUACAAUCUUAUCCUUACCAUUCUUCCUCUUCUUCUACUUCUUCUACAUCUUCUGCCUCAUCUCAAUACCUUCCUCCACCUUCCAUGCUUAACAGCUCAACUGGUUCUACUAAUACUAAUACUAAUACUAAUACUACUACUAAUACUACUACUACCACCGCUUCAUCUUCAUCUUCAUCUGCAAAUACUACCCCCUCUUCCUCUUCUGCUGCUUAUACUCCAUUUUCUUACGUGUCUAGUGUUGCUGCAACAGCCCCAGUCUACGAAGGAACCCCAAGAUCUGGAAGAUACGAUCGGCGGCGGCGCACAGGUACUAAACGGUCUAUUGAAGAUGUGCUCAUGAGUGACCACCAAACUGCCGCAGCAGCAGCAGCAGCAGCAGCAGCAGCAGCAGUAUCUACAGUAGAGGAUGAAAGAGAUGAAUUAUCUGGUAGUACCGGCAUUGUGUCAGCUCCAGCUCCUUCUGCACAUGUAUAUGGCGGUCACCAGCAAGAUUCCACAGCUAUGGCUGCAGUGUCUCAAGCUGCUCCUUAUACCUCCUCUGCUCUACAAUAUAUGGGUCGUCAGCAACAACAAAACUCUUCUUCUUCUUCUUCUUCUUCUUCUUCUUCCUCUGCAUAUACCCAUUACGCAGCAGGAGCAGCAGGAAAUGCAGGACCAUAUGGAACAGGAUCUAGUGGGUUUUUACCCAGACAUGGGUCCUUUGAAGGAACAUCUUCUCCAUCUUCAUCUUCAACUACACCUACAUCUGCUGGAGUACCUACAGCAGCCACACUUCCUUUGAUGAUUCCCACGCCUCCUUUGGCCACUGCGAAACCCACAAACCCUAAUGCUCUUCAACCUGACCCACAACCACGGCCCAAGAAAAAGAGUAAAUAUAAUGCGGAACAAGAUGCUGUUAUUCUGCGGAUGAAGAAAGAGGGGAAAUCAUGGGGGGAGAUUAGUGAUGCUGCUGGGUGUACAAAUUCAUUAGCUGCUCGGAAUCGGUAUCAAGUGUUGAUUGGACAGCAAGGUGGGGGGACAAUUUCAUGGGAUCGUGAGGAUACAAUAGGGCUUAAGAAUCUUUUGGAGGAGGGUGAAAAAACUAAGUGGGUUCAUAUUUCGACUGAAUUAUCACGUCUACGUAAUAAGAAUUUGACAGUGGCAGCGUGCCAUAAGAAAGUUAGAGAGAUUUUCCAGCGGGACCCUAGUUUUUUCCGUAUUGUUGUAAAUACGACACCUGUGGGGGAUCCAGUAUUGGUGGUUCCUGGUGGAUCGAAUGGUAGUAAUUCAGAGAUGGUUCAAGGCGGGUAUCAUUAUCAUCAUCAACAACAACAUCAACAACAUCAUCAACAACAACAACAACCACAACAUCAUCAUCAAGCUUUGCAAUCACAUUAUGGACAGCAGCAGCAGCAGCAGCAGCAUCAUCAUCAUCAUCAGCAACAGCAACAGCAACAGCAACAGAUGGGUAGUGGUGGUGCUAGUACUACUACUACGGGAUAUGCGCCAACCACUGGAUAUGCUACAUCUGGAGUUUAUGGGGCUUCUAUGGGAGGAACUAGUGGUGGUGGUAGUAAUAGUAAUAGUAAUAGUAGUACACAUUGGGGGGCUAUUAGUACAGGAUCUUCGACAUCAGCUAGUAAUGAUGGAUCGGUUGGUAAUGGAUCUAUGAUGGUUUCAGAUCAUAGUGGAGGAAGCAAUGGGAGUUCUAAUUCAGUUUCAGGAGGAUCUGUGAUUAAGAAUGAAGAAGCACGGUCUGUUGUUGUUUAA